UCCCGCAGGGACUGCCCCACCUUAAGCCCCAGCUCCAGCACCCCUCUCGCCUUUGUCCAGGCUCACGCCCUCCCGGGAUUGAACAUCUGGUUUAAAUGGUUUAUCAAACCCCACCCUUUCGGGGUUAACAUGAUACCACGUCCGUUCUGGGAAUGAUGUAAAACGAGCCAACCACUAACGUGUCCCCUCUUGGAGGUGGGUUAGGCGCCGUGCUGGCCUUGCCGCCUGGGGAAGUGCUGAGGGUCCCCAGCGUCUAGCCCUGAGCUUGCCGAGGCGGGAGCCCCCCACUCAUCAUGGGGAGAGUUAGGGGAUAAACGAAGGGCCCGGGCCGUGGACGCUGAGGACCCGUGGGGCUCUUCCCCGUGGGCAGGGCUGACUAGCUCUGAACCGCUGGGGCGUGGCGGGAGGAAGGCCCUCCGGAGCUCUUUAUGCUGAGGCAUUCCUUUAGCUUGAGUCAUUCGUUUUUGUAAAGCUUUAGGAACAGACAGACAUCCUGACUUCAAACCGUAGCCAUUGACCGCCUAUCAGAUAAUCUCUGGACUCAUUUCCUAGGCACUUUUUUUUUCGGGUUAAUCUAGCUAAAAGCUAAAGCUCCAGCCAUAUAUUUGUUUUCCCUAACAUCUUCAGCGAUUCCCUUCUAUCUGCUGAUACCUUUGAGAGCAGGACUGAAAGAUAGUUUGUUAUUAUGCUUGUAGAGGACAAGCUCAUUGUCCUGUGAAGACAGGUGGCCUUUUAGUUCUAAUUUUGGUUACGGUUUAUUGUUUAUUUUGUAAUAAGAGCCAUAAAAUAAUUUUGCAGUAAUUCAUAUUACUAGACUUAUGCAGUGAUCCAAGGUGUCGACUGAGAGAAAAAUGCACAACAUGAGAGGUGUGAGUUAAGGUUUAUUCAGGGUUUUACUGAGGACUGUAGCUCCAGAGACAGACUUCGGAUAGCUCUGAGGACCUGCUCCAGAGAGGUGGGGGGAGGCUAGUUUAUAUGUGAUUUUGUUGUUAGGGAAUACGUGCAGUCAGAUGUAUCUUGGUAAAAGAUCACUGCUCGUCACAAAGAACAGAUAUCCCAAGUUAAUGAUUAUAGGGCUUUUCUAUGUAUGGGAAGCGGGGUUCAUUAAAACUCUUCAUGAAAUGCAUCUAAGGGCAUUUUGUUUGUCCAAAGCACAGAGCCUCCCGUUUUCAUCUUUAAAUUUCCUUUGUCUGAAGCACAGCGUGCCCAUCCUGUUAUCACCUUAAUCUCUUCAUCUGAAGCAUCCAGUGCCCUAUUGUUCAGCGGCUGCAGCAGUUUAAUCUCUGAAGACUUGGAUGGUCCUCCCCAAAUCUUCUUUUAAGCUACAGCAACAGAAACCCUGUGGAGUAUUGUACCCACAGAAGACAACAAUACCCACUGUGGAGACAGGAUGAAGUUGACCAGUGAAAAGUUGCCCAAGAACCCCUUUUAUACUUCUCUAUCCCACUAUGCUGCUAAGAACCAAAAACUCUUCCAAUGGAGAAAGGAAAAGACUGAUCAUUACAGCCAUACUAGUUUGGUGGAUAAGGCAUUGCACCUCUUGAAGGAAAGAAUAAGAAGAGGGGAUACUCUGGCAUAUUUCCUACGAGGUCAACUGUAUUUUGAAGAGGGAUGGUAUGAAGAAGCAUUAGAACAGUUUGAAGAAAUCAAGGAAAAGGAUCAUCAGGCAACUUACCAGCUAGGAGUGAUGUAUUAUGAUGGCCUGGGGAUGACUGCAGACGCUGAAAAAGGAGUGGAAUAUAUGAAGAAAAUUGUUGAUUCUCCGUGUCCCAAAGCAAGACACUUACAAUUUGCAGCAGCUUACAACCUUGGAAGAGCUUAUUAUGAAGGAAAAGGCGUUAAACAAUCAGACGAGGAAGCUGAAAGACUGUGGCUUUUUGCUGCAGACAAUGGAAAUCCAAAAGCUAGUGUGAAGGCUCAAAGUAUCCUAGGAUUGUAUUACUCAACAAAGGAACCCAGAGAGUUAGAGAAGGCAUUUUAUUGGCAUUCAGAAGCUUGUGGCAAUGGAAACCUGGAAUCCCAGGGUGCACUUGGGCUCAUGUACUUUUAUGGACAAGGCAUCCGCCAGGAUACUGAGGCUGCCCUGCAUUGCUUGAGGGAAGCAGCAGAGCGUGGAAAUGUCUACGCUCAAGGGAAUCUCGUGGAGUAUUACUAUAAGAUGAAAUUUUUUACAAAGUGUGUUGCAUUUUCCAAAAGGAUUGCUGACUACGAUGAGAUCCAUGACAUCCCCGUGAUAGCCCAGGUCACGGACUGUCUCCCAGAAUUCAUCAGCAGAGGCAUGGCCAUGGCCUCUUUCUACCACGCACGGUGUCUGCAGCUUGGCUUGGGUAUCACAAAGGAUGAAGCAACAGCUAAACACUAUUAUUCUAAAGCAUGUCGUCUGAAUCCUUCAUUGGCAGAUGAACUUCACACUUUACUUAUUCGUCAAAGAAUUUAGACUACAAUGUAUUUCAACAAAGAUCAUCGAUUCUAACACCUUAGAAUCACUUAUGUUUCAUAUCAAGAACCUGGCAUAUCAGGAACUCAGCAGGGUCAGAACCCAGGCCUCACCUGGAAUGUUUUCAAGCAG